UGACGCACUAGACCAAACUAAAAACGCGUUCAUUUCGAAAAUGAUUCCUUGACGUUUGGGUGUCGCGACCAGCAAGAUGAACUUGAAACUUACCAUUUUUUUUAUGGUUUGUGUGGGUGUUGGCAGUGGCGAGGAGUGCUGUGACGAGGGUAACGAGCUGGAGGUGCGGGAGGACUCAUGGGGGAUUUUCCCGAAGCAGUGGUCUUUGCAGAACAGGAUACCGAUGACGACAGAUUUUGACGUAGCUAGGACGAGGGACUCUCGAGGCAAAUUCAAAGUUAAGAAAAAAAUCAAACGUUUCCUGUUGCCUCUACUAUUGGCCUACAAACUCAAAUUUUUCACUCUUAUCCCAGUUCUGAUUGGUGGACUUAUUCUAUUAACGGGAGCGACAGGAUUGGCAGGAUUUUUCUUUGCCUUGUUCGCUGCCGUAAUGGGGCUCAAAGCCGGAAACAGUCAUUAGUGCAACGUAAAACAUUUAUUUAUUUAAUUUAUUUAUUUAUUUAUGUACAAUCUUAUCUUAACUGUAGUUUUAAGGACCUUAGUGUUGAAUCAAAAGGCAAGUUUUGUAUGGACAUGAUCGGCUGCCGUUUUUCCUGCGAUUAAAUUUAAAUAACAGAAAGUAGAUUUUGUAGAAACUUUUACAAAUACACUACUCAGUCAAUCCCAAAAAUGUUAGAUGAA